AUGCCUUCUGAACUUAAGAAAUAUGUCAUUGUUGGUAUGGGCGUUCGCUCUGCCAUGUACUAUCAGGCUAUCAUCCAGGACUUUAAGGAUGUAGCCAAGCUAGUCGGUAUUUGCGAUACCAACCAAACGCGCAUGGACGUUGCAAAUGACCACAUUGUCGAGUUGGGAGGUCAAAAGGUGCAAACCUACAAAGACUCCGACUUUGACAAGAUGGUCCAAGAGCAAAAGGCAGAUGUUGUCAUCGUCACAACAAUUGACCUCUUCCAUCACCACUACUGCAUUCGCGCCAUGGAACUCGGCUGCGAUGCCAUCACCGAAAAGCCAAUGACCAUUGACGAGCAUAAACUUCAACAAAUGGUCGACGCGGAGAAGAAAACUGGUAAACAAGUUCGCGUCCUCUUCAACUACCGCUAUGCUCCUCAUCACACCAAGGUCCGCGAGCUCAUUGACUCUGGCGUCAUUGGAGAGAUUUCAACAGUGCAUAUGGAUUGGAUUCUGGACUGUGCGCAUGGCGCGGACUUUAUGCGACGCUGGCAUCGUCAUAAGGAAACUAGCGGUGGUAUCCAAAUGCACAAAUCCAUCCACCAUUUUGACCUUGUGCAUUUCUGGCUCAACACUGAACCGGAGCUGGUUUACUGUCUUGGUGAUCUUCGUUUUUACGGAAAGGAAAAUGCUGAGAGACGGGGAGAGAAGAAUCUUGGUGAGAGGUACAAGAAUAACGAGGAUGCCAAGAAUGAUCCCUUUGCGUUCCAGCUCGAUGAUAACGAGCGCAUGAAGAAGCUGUAUCUUGAAGCUGAGCAUGAAGAUGGAUACAUUCGCGAUAGGAACUGUUUUGGCGAGGGAAUCACGAUUGAGGAUAAUCUGUCCAUGAUCAUCAAGUACAAGAACCGCGCUGUCAUGACUUACAACACCUACGCCUACGCCCCUUGGGAAGGAUAUAGGUGUGUAUUCAACGGAACCAAGGGUCGUAUCGAGAUCAACGUCGUCGAGAGCGGAUACAACCCUCUUGGUGAUCCCGUCACGAAAGAUGCUUCUGGAGAGGAUGAAAAGUACAUUCAAGGCGGUGUGGAACAGACCAAGAUUGUCGUGUAUCCCAUGUUUGACAAGCCCUAUGUCGUGGAUGUCGUGAAGCAGGAGGGUGGCCAUGGAGGAGGAGAUCCUGUCUUGUUGAAGGAUGUUAUUCUGGGUGACCAAAACGACAAUUUCAAGAGAGCUGCUUAUAUCAGAGAUGGUGGAAACGCGGUACUUGUUGGUGUUGGUGCGAAUCAUAGUAUGAAGAGUGGGAUGCCAGUAAAGGUUCAAGAUUUGGUAAAGUGGUAG